ACCCACAGGUCGAGAGCACAGAACUGUAAAAUAUGUGGUCGUCGAGAGUGAUCAAGUGAGCGUGGUGGCCGUGGCAGCCUGGCCCUGGUGAGAAAGUAGAUUUGAAUUCAUGAAUCACAGAUAACAUGGCGAUGAAGCAAGAAAUUGAUUGUUGGACGUCUCUCUCAAGUGCAGAUGGAGAAGGAGAGGGAACUCUUCAGUCAUCACAUGAACGUGAUGAAGGAAACAUCUGCAUCAAGGAGGAAGGAGAAGUUGAGAAGAAGACGUGUCUUUCCAUUCCAAGUUCAGAUCGUUUGAUAUAUGAGGGUCAGCUUGUAACUCAAGACGGUGUGGUCUUCACCACCAAGCAAGAAGGACAAGACCCAUCGACCAAACAAGAAAUGAUCUAUGCCACCAUAAAGCAAGAAGAUGAAGAAGAGAUAUUUGAACCUAUUACAACUCGAGGUGAAGGAGGAGGAGAAACUGAGCAAUCAAUUCCUGAAGAUAAAGAGUUGGACAAUGGAAAGGACAAGAUACACCCACAUAUAACAGGAUGCAGUGGAGAGAAGUCCCAUCUUUGUAAACAUUGCAGUAAGGCAUUUACUGAUGAGAACACUCUGAUACUACAUCAGAAAACACACCAGGGCGAGUAUGAGCAUACUCACCACCUUAGAACACGAACAGGAGAGAAACCUUUCAAGUGUUCCCAGCGUGAUAAGGGUUUUAUUCAUAUUAGUAAACUAAGUGGCCAUUUACUAACACACGGUGGAGAAAAGCCUUUCAAGUGUUCUCAGUGUGAUAAGAGAUUUUGUCAUAGAGUUUCCCUAACCUGUCAUUUAAGAACACACCAUGGUGAAAAGCCUUAUAAAUGUUCCCAAUGUGAUGAGGUAUUUUGUUACCAAAGUAAUCUUACUACCCAUUCAAGAACGCAUAGUGUAGAAAAGCUGUAUCGGUGUCCCGAUUGUAAUAAAGGAUUUUCUCAAAAGUCUAGUCUUUCUAGCCACCUUAGAGUACAUACAGGACAGAAACCUUUUAAAUGUUCUCAUUGUGGUAAGGGUUUUUUCUCACCAAGUAAUCUUACCUGUCAUGUAAGAAUGCAUAUAGGAGAAAAGCCUCAUCUUUGUCCUUAUUGUGAUAAAGGAUUUUCUCAGAAGACUAAGCUUACUAUCCACCUUAGAACACAUACAGGAGAGAAACCCUUUAAGUGUUCUCAUUGUGAUAAGGGUUUUUCUCAUCAAUGGAAUCUUAUCCGUCAUGUAAGGACGCACACAGAUGAAAUGCCUUAUCAGUGUCCUUAUUGUGAGAAAGGAUUUUCUCAAAAGUCUAGUCUUUCUAGCCACCUUAGAGUACAUACAGGAGAGAAACCUUUUAAGUGUUCCCAGUGUGAUAAGGGAUUUUCUCAAAAGACUAUGCUUACUUUCCACUUUAGAACACAUACAGGAGAGAAACCCUUUAAGUGUUCCCAGUGUAAUAAGGGUUUUUCUCACCAAUGUAAUCUUAUCCGUCAUGUAAGGACGCAUACAGGAGAAAUGCGUUAUCAGUGUUCCCAUUGUGAUGAGGUAUUUUGUUACCAAAAUAAUCUUACUACCCAUUCUAGAACGCACAGUGUAGAAAAGCUGUAUCGGUGUCCCAAUUGUGAUAAAGGAUUUUCUCAAAAGUCUAGUCUUUCUAGCCACCUUAGAGUACAUACAGGAGAGAAACCUUUUAAGUGUUCUCAUUGUGCUAAGGGUUUUUCUCACCGAAGUAAUCUUACCUGUCAUGUAAGAAUGCAUACAGGAGAAAAGCCUCAUCAGUGUUUUUAUUGCAAUAAAGGAUUUUCUCAAAAGACUAAGCUUACUAUCCACCUUAGAACACAUACAGGAGAGAAACCCUUUAAGUGUUCUCAUUGUGAUAAGGGUUUUUCUCAUCAAUGGAAUCUUAUCCGUCAUGUAAGGACGCAUACAGGAGAAAUGCCUUAUCAGUGUCCUUAUUGUGAGAAAGGAUUUUCUCAAAAGUCUAGUCUUUCUAGCCACCUUAGAGUACAUACAGGAGAGAAACCCUUUAAGUGUUCCCAGUGUGAUAAGGGAUUUUCUCAAAAGACUAAGCUUACUAUCCACCUUAGAACACAUGCAGGAGAGAAACCCUUUAAGUGUUCCCAUUGUAAUAAGGGUUUUUCUCACCAAUGUAAUCUUAUCCGUCAUGUAAGGACGCAUACAGGAGAAAUGCCUUAUCAGUGUUCACAUUGUGAUAAGGGAUUUUCUCAACAGACUAAGCUUACAAUCCACCUUAGAACUCAUACAGGAAAGAGUCCCUUUAAGUGUUCCAAGUGUAAUAAGGGUUUUUCUCACCAAUGUAAUCUUAUCCGUCAUGUAAGGACGCAUACAGGAGAAAUGCGUUAUCAGUGUUCCCAUUGUGAUGAGGUAUUUUGUUACCAAAGUAAUCUUACAACCCAUUCUAGAACGCACAGUGUAGAAAAGCUGUAUCGGUGUCCCAAUUGUGAUAAAGGAUUUUCUCAAAAGUCUAGUCUUUCUAGCCACCUUAGAGUACAUACAGGAGAGAAACCUUUUAAGUGUUCUCAUUGUGAUAAGGGUUUUUCUCACCGAAGUAAUCUUACCUGUCAUGUAAGAAUGCAUACUGGAGAAAAGCCUCAUCGGUGUCCCUAUUGUGAUAAAGGAUUUUCUCAAAAGACUAAGCUUACUAUCCACCUUAGAACACAUACAGGAGAGAAACCCUUUAAGUGUUCUCAUUGUGAUAAGGGUUUUUCUCAUCAAUGGAAUCUUAUCCGUCAUGUAAGGACGCACACAGAUGAAAUGCCUUAUCAGUGUCCUUAAUGUGAUAAAGGAUUUUCUCAAAAGACUAAGCUUACUAUCCACCUUUUUUUCAAGAUUCAAGAUUUAAAUUAAUAAUAAUAAAUUACAUACUGUAAAAUAUUGCUAGCGAAAUUGAGUAAAUGUUUAAAUCAAAACAAAUAAAAUAAAAUGCAUACAGAUACGGGAAUUUAAUUAACUGUAACGUAGGAAAAACUGUGAUUAAAAUGCAAUACAAAUUUCAUUCAGAUGGUGUAAUAAAUAUUAAAAAGUAUUAAAA